GACAGUUAUAGAAGUAUAGUGAAGUGAGUUGCUCCAUCCAUUAUGCGUCGUAUUAAUAAAUUUUCGGUAAAUUAUUAUAGUUUAUACAAGUCAUUUAAUCGAGAAUAAAGGAUAAAUUUAGUGUCUUGUAUUUUAAAGUGUUAAAACAGUGAAUAAAAUAUAGUGAGACGAAAUUGUCUUUUUUGUGACGCAAAAACCUGAACAAUAUAAGGGUUUCUGCGUCAGUGAAUAUAUGAUGAUGAUAAUGACCGAGUUUCCAGCUGAUUCGUUUGACAGAUUUGACAUCAGUUAAAAAAAGGAGAAGAAAAACUGUGAAUUUUUUUUGUGUAGUAUUUAUUUAUUUAUUUACUUCUUUUUAAUUUUUUUUUUUUUUACACCCCUCACUCUCAUUAACCCUUCUAUUUCAAAUUAAGAUGAAAACCAUGUGGAAUCUUGACGAUCUAUUUGUUGUCAAUCAAUAUUCGGGUGUUGAGAGUUUAACAAAUCUUUGCUUUAAAGUGAUAUGUGAAAAUUUGGAUAUUAUUUCAACGAAGGGAAAACGCGGUCAUCGUACACUCAAGAAAGGUUUAAUAUUGCCUAGUGAAAUUUGUGAUAAAAUUAUUUUAUAUUCACAACAAAGUGAGGCAAUUGAGGAGAAUGAUUAUUUUUUCUCAAUUUUUAAAAAUGUUCUCGUCACUAAAUUAAAACGUGUGAAAAUAAGUAAUUGUAGCCUGACAGAUUCAUCGGUUCUUACAAUUGUUGCUCAUAAAAUAACGGAAUUGGAAUUUAAUAAUUGUUCAAAUAUUACGGAACUCUCGAUUGAAUAUUUAAAUGAAAAUUCGGAAAAUUUACAAAGUCUCGUUUUUCAUGGAUGUAUAAGUAAAUUUCGAACCGAAAAUGGCAAAUUGGAUGAAAAAUAUUAUAAGAGGGGUUAUGUAUUUAAUGCUCCAAAUUUGAAGCGUUUAACAUUGGGAAAUAUUUCAAUUCCUUAUUCAGAAUAUACAAUUAUUUUGCUGACACUCCCUAAUUUGAGUCAUUUGGAUUUAUCGGAAAAUGAAAAUAUUAAAAGUUUUUAUUUCUACAGUCUAGUGGAAAAUUUAGUUUCUCUUGUUCUUUACAAUGUUAAUUUAACGCAUGAUGCGCCAGCCUUUGUGAAAAAUGUGACUCAUUUAAAAAAAUUGAGGUAUUUGGACAUUUCGCAGUCGAAUCCAAUAAAUGGAGAAUUCGAAAUGCCUGAUACGAUUCUUUCGGAAAUAGUUAUGGGAUUACCGGAAUUAAUUUCAUUGGAUAUUGGUGGUACAAAUCUCGCGGGUCGAGGGGUCAUUCAACGAUCACUUGAUAAAAAGAAUUAUUUCUUUGAUCAACUCAGUGAUAUUCCGGGUCUUGCAUCGCGAGUUAAAAAUCCCCUACAAUUUCUUGGUUUAUAUGGAACGUCACAUCAAGCUUGUUCAAGGCACGACAUUCCUGCACUAGUGAUUGCUGGAGAUGCUAAUGAGGAUCAAAUUCUAGCGGCAGCAUUAGUUUGCAUGAAUAACAAAGAAGAUUUGUUGCAAAAAAUUUUAAAUGAUUUAUAUCAAGUGUUUAGAUUUGAAAAUUGCAAACGUAUGGAUCAAGCGCUCUGUAUAGUUUUAGAAGCAAUGGAGAAACAUCCUUCUGAGAAACACAUUCAGAUAUCUGGAAGUGCGACGCUCUUUUAUAUUAUCCGCUCAAGAGAAAAUCCUGUUAAUGCCAGUAUGAAAAAAAGAAUAAUUGGCGUGUUACUUGCGGGUAUGAGCGCUCAUAAAGAUGAAGAGACAAUGAUGCGUAAUGGCUGUUUGGCUCUUUGCCAAUUUCGCAUACCUCAGGAUGUGAUGUGGGGUUACGAGUCUUUAGUGAGAUUGCUCUUGCAUUCUGCAAAAAAUUCAGAGCCAGAAAGUUUUGUGCAACGAAUUGGAAUAUAUUUAUUAAAUUCUCUGGCAUGUCAAGUUGAAGGCAAAGAAAAGCGACUACUUGGAAAAUUGGGUUGUGUUGAAACAAUGUUACAUUUGGUUAAAUACAGAGUGACAUCGAAUAUAUUUGAUGAUGUCUUGGAAGUUGCUUGGUCCACAAUGUGGAAUAUGACCGAUGAAACUGAUAUAAAUUGUCAGAGAUUUUUAAAUACACAGGGCAUGGAUUUAUUCCUCGAAUGUGCAAAACAAUAUCCAAGUAAAGAAGAACUAUUGAGAAAUAUGAUGGGAUUAUUGGGAAAUGUUGCCGAAGUGGAAAGUCUUCGUUCUCAAUUGAUGCAGGAAAAAUAUGUUGUGGUUUUUUCUCGUUUGUUACGCUCAAAAAGUGAUGGAAUUGAAGUGUCAUAUAAUGCUGCGGGAAUUUUGGCACACAUGGUAUCAGACGGCGUUGAAGCUUGGUCAAUUGAAAAUCCAUCGAGAAAUGAGAUACUCAGUCUAAUGGUGAAAGCGAUAAAUAGUUGGAAUUUAGAUUCCGAGCGUAAUAUAAAUUACAGAUCAUUUUUACCGCUUCUUCGAUUAUUGGAUGUUUAUCACACUCCACAAUGUCAACAUUGGGCAGUUUGGGCGCUAGCAAAUCUUACAAGAGUUUAUCCUCACAAAUAUUGCGAUCUAGUUAUUUCCGAAGGUGGAAUAGAGAAAUUAAAAAAUUUAUUAGAUUCUGAUUUGCCAUAUGACUUGAUAAAACGACUUGCUCAUGAAGUUGUUGUCAGCUGUCGUAUGUAAACAACAAAAGAAUAAUGAAUAAUUUUCUUUCGAGAGUAUUCUUAAGGCACGAAAAAAAUAUUUAUAUAUACAUAAUAUGUAUAUAUUUAAAUAUUUAGUAAAAAUAGAGUUUUACUUGGCUGCAAUAUUUCUGUACUCUCGAAUAUAGGCAUUAUUGUUUUUUUUUUUUUUUUUUUUUUUUUUUUACGGAGAUUGGGAGAAUAUUUCCUCUUCCCAUUAACCGUUUUUUUUAUAUAACGCCUGAGAAUUAUUCUCCAUCAGCAAAAUGAUCGCGUAAAAUACACUUAACUCAAAUAAUUAUGAUAUCAAAAUUGAAUUUGUGUGUCUUUUUGAUUCAUAUACGUGCAUGUAAAUAGUUUUUUCGGAAAGAGGUUGAACCUUAAAUUAAUCGUUAUUGAUUGUCGAGAACUGAUCCGAAUGGAAAAAAAAGAAAGAAAAAAAAAAUAUGAAAAGUAUUUGUCAAUUUGUGAUAUUGUCCCUUGAAAAAUACACUCGUGAAUUUUAAUUAUUUAAUUGUAAGUAUUUCUCUAAAAGAGAAAAAAAGUUGUUUUAAAAAUAAGAAAAUAAAAAAAAAAUGGAAGAAGAAGAAGGUACGACCUCUUGAUAUAUAUUUUUUUUUGCAUUUCAUAAAAAAUUUUGUAAAAUGGUUUUUCUAGGGCAAAAAUUCUUUUUUUUCUUCAUAUAUAUUUACAUAUAGUGAUAAAUCACAUAACUAUUUUCUAGAUGUAAAAUAAUAUUAAUAUUUUGUAGAUAUUGAAGUCUUGCAAUAAAAAAAAAAAUUAUUAUUUAAUAGAGGUUAUUUCUUUUUUACAAAAAUACAAUUUUAAUUUAUGAUGUUUUUUUUUAAUUAUUUACAAAUUGUGAAAAAAGUAUUUUUAUUUCCUUUUUUUAUUUUUUUUUUUGAAAAAAAAGAAAAAUUUUCUAUGAAAAGUUUAGUUAAAUAUUUGCAAGGCUUCACUUACGAAAUAUCUGUUUUGAAAAAAAUGUUUGCAAAUUAAUAUUCAUCAAAUUAGAAAAUAUAUUAUUGAAAUAUUACACAUUGGGACAAAUAAGAGAAAUUGUUUUUAAGAGAAAAAAGAAAAAAUACUUUUUACUUUUAUUGUAAAUAAAUAAAUAAAUAAAAUAUAUUAUCGUAACAGAGAUAUAUAGUAAAUGUAAUGAUUUAGAUUUGUAUUUUUUCAUAUAGCAGUAAUAUAUUAUUUAAGAAUAAUUGUCUCCAUUAUUAUAAUUUUGAGGCAAUAUAAGAAAAUUUAAUAUGUUUUUCUUUUUCUUUUUUUUUUUUUUUUUGAAAAUAAAAUUAUCUAGAAGUUAUUGAGUAAAAUAAACAUUUUUUUUUCUUGAAAAAAAUAAAAAAAAAAAAGGUGCAUAUAGUUAACAAUGACUUAUUCUAAUAAAUGUUGCAAAAGAAUUACAA